AUGAGCCGGGAUGCCGACCUGGCAACCGAGAUAGGGAAGCAGGGCAUUAUGCGUCGGGAGAUUUUAGCCGGCACGUCCCUCGACAACUUGACUCUCUGGCAGAGCUGCCGGGAUGUCGCGCUGGCUGACUGCUGCCGCUUGGGGCGGCUGCGCGUGAAUGAUGGCCAGGGCAGCUGCCGCUGCGCCAACUCUUCCACUGCUGGGGGCGAAAAGCGCCUGGCGGCGAUCUGCUCCCUGCGGUGGCAGGUCUGCAGCGUCCUCCAGAAGGAGUCCUGCUGCAGCACCACGCCCGCCUCGCUGCUCGUGGCCUUCGGGAAUUCCUCCGCCUCGGGUUUUGCCAGCCACUGCGCCUGCGCCAAUGCAACCUUUGCCGGGCUCACACAAGAGGCGGUGGAAGGACGAUGUGCCAGAGAGCUGAAGGGCACCUGCAGCGGGACCAGCUUGUUCUUCAAGCCGCUGGCGAACGUGUCCGCGCGAAUCGGACACAAGCACUUCCAUAACGAUGGUGGCACCCACUUCUGGUCUUUCGCCAGCGGGGGCUGUCCGAGUGCGGCCUCGCUACAUUUCACGCCGCCGGUCCGUGAGGGGCGGGACUACGUGCUGCGCGUGGAGGCUCGGCCGUCUUUGCAGCCAGAAAGCACCAAAGCUGCGCCCGCGCUGCGCUUGACGAUCGGCAACAGCAGCUUCGCAAUGCCCGUGCGCGCGCAGCCCAAGCAGCCCAAGGGCCGAUACCAGUGGCUCGAGCAUCAGUUCCGAGGUCUCUCAGAGGCGCCAAAGAUCUGGCUGCACAUGGAACCUGGUAACUGCGUCGACGUGGGACGAAUACAGAUGGCGACGUGCGCGGAACGACUGAAGGCCUUGGGCAAGUACCUGUACCGGAACAGACGAAAAUGCAUUUAA